AUGCUGGCCUCACGCGCACUACUCACCAAGGGCUCUGCCACCGUCCUCAGCCGCCAGCCUGCCUGCCUGGCACACCAGGGGGACUGGGGCAACUGGGGCAACACCAACAUUGCAGUGGUGUAUUCAGGCUGUGGCUGGUGGGAUGGCACUGACGUGCAUGAAGCUACAUACACCAUGUAUCACCUGAGCCGUAAUGGCGCACGUUUCCAGAUCUUCGCUCCAAACCAGCAGCAGAUGCACGUGAUGGACCACAUGAAGAAACAGCCCUCCUCUGGAGAGAACAGGAACAUGAUGAUGGAGUCCGCCCGCUUCAGCCACGGGCAGGGCAUGAUGCAGAUCCAGGACCUGUCACGACUGGACGUCAACACCUUCGACGCCGUCAUCUUUCCUGGAGGACACGGCAUCGUUAAGAACCUGUCCACCUUCAACAAAGAAGGCAAGGACUGCAAGCUACACAGCGAUGUGGAGAGGGUCCUGAAAGACUUCCACAAAAACCGUAAACCCAUCGGCCUGUCCAGCAUGGCACCCCUGCUGGCGUGCCGCGUGCUGCCCAGUCUGGAGGUCACUAUGGGCUACGAGCGGGACGAGAGCUCCCGCUGGGGCAACUGGCCCAACACCAACAUGGUGCAGGCCGUCAAGAGCAUGGGCGCCCGCCACAACGUCCGCGAGCCCUACGAGGCCUAUGUGGACGAGAAGAACCGCGUGAUCAGCACACCCACCUUCAUGUGGGAGACGGACUACCACUACCACUACAUCUUCGACGGCAUCGGCAACAUGGUCAAGCACGUCAUGCGCAUGUCCGCCAAAUAA